GAAUUGUCGUACGACUUGAAAAAGGUAACUCUGAACAUAAAUACAGAAGUGAAAGUAUGAAAGAUAAGUAUGAAAGAUAAGUAUGAAAGAUAAGUAUGAAAAUACUUAUGCAAUUUACAAUCCGUUUGGUCAUGCCCACAUGACUUUUUAUCCUAGCGUGAGGCGUCUCUCAUUAUGCCUCCACCAAUCAAAUCCCCCAGUGAGACAAUAGAGAAAUUUUUUACCAAUGAUGACGUCCGUAAGAAAAUCGAUCAAAGUUCAUGUAUAAUUUUACUACAAAACGCUCGAAAAAUUGGCCAAGAUUCUCACUUAGUAAAUUUACGGAGAAGCUUCUCUUGAAGUAAAGAUAUCCCAGUUGAUCAGAGCCCAGUGUUAAGUUUCAACCGUCCUGCUCACAAUGUUUUCCAAACAUCAGCGAUUUCAAGGAAUCAAGAGAAACUACAGCCAAGAGACUGUAGAAAAGCUUCGCGGUUCGUUCAAAAUCGAUUACUCUUUGUCGAAGCGAGGAGCCAUAAAACUCUGGGAACUUUUGACUCGCGGAGGGAAUUCUUACGUGAAUGCUUUAGGAGCUCUCACGGGUAAGUAACCGUUCUGUACGAAGUUGUAUGUGAAACAGAACAUUUUCAGCUAACUAUUUUAAUGUUAGACUUUGUCUCCACGUGCAAGACACUCUUUUCCCAAAUAUGGUAGAUAAGGAUUUUACAAAUAUGGUGAAUAUAAUACGUGGCGGGCAAUUCGCCUGACACUUGGCUGACAAUCAUUUCGAUAUGAAUCUACACUCCUAAAAGUUUCUUUUUGUCAAAUUAGUUUAAAGAGACGCAAAAAAAUUCGGAUCUGACUUAUUCUUGGCCACGUCAACCCAAGAAAUUCUAAUGACGUGGAAAUUUGGCGGAACGCGAACUUUGGACUCUGACAUGAAUGAGCGACUGAGAACUGUGACUUGACAAUUUUCCAUUCGAUUUCCGUUUAAAAGUCAAGAACUAACGUAACACUAAAACCGCGAAACAAUAUUCCUAAUGUAGCGUACAAAGAUCGUCUUCCUGGGAGGCGAAUGACGCAGUACAACCCAGUUUUUACGUCGCAUCAAGGCAUCGACGUCAAUUGAUGUACCCGGAAAAUUUACUAACGCAAAAUUUACUGACACUCGGAUAUCCCUCAAGAAAAACAUUUCACCAGCGUUUUUAUUUUUAAAUCGAGACCAAAAAAAAUAUAAAAUGAGACAAACGGAGAAUAUGUUAGCAUUCUAUUGUUUUUUCUUGAAUAGUACUUUCUUAUCAUGUAUUUAUUUUAAAUCUGUUCGUGAUUUCAGGUGGACAGGCCGUUCAGAUGGCCAAGGCCGGUUUAAAAGCCAUCUAUCUAAGUGGAUGGCAAGUUGCCGGUGAUAACAAUUUAGCUGGGCAGACUUAUCCUGAUCAAAGCCUGUAUCCUGCAAACUCUGCUCCAAAACUUGUAGAGCGUAUUAAUAAUGCGUUUAUCAGGGCAGACCAGAUUGCGCACAUGGAAGGCACAGACAAACACAUUGACUACUUUUUGCCAAUCGUUGCUGAUUGUGAAGCUGGAUUUGGAGGCCCAUUGAAUGCAUUUGAACUCACCAAGUCCAUGGUAAUUUUCUGAGUUGCAUGUUAAGAACUUGUAGAUAAUUUUAAUCCAAUGUUUCCCUUCUGUUUCAACACACUGCCCACUCAAGGCCACUGUUGUGAAGUAAAACAAAGAAGUUGAUAAGCUAGAGGUCAGAAGAAGGCUAACCUUGGAGCUAUUGUUUAUGUAACACACCACAGUCUAAGAUAAUUUGGAGAUCAUGAGUAUUAAAUAAUUUUCUGUGUGUCAACUAUUUUGACAUGAAAAUAUUAAUGUUUGGAUAAAAUGUAGGCUAAAUUGGAGAUGGAUUAGAUUGCUGUUUUGAUAAAGCAAAGGUUAAUUUUGUUUCGACAAAUGACCUCAAGGGUUUCACAAGGGCCCCAGGUACCAAAUGAAUAUCACAUUGUUGAAAAGGUCAGUGGUAGUCAAGGAAACUUUUUUUUUCAAACUGAUGAAAAACCAAAAUACAUCAGGUGAAAAAAGUGAGAAAUAGUUUUCCAAAAUAAUACCCUGAGAGACUUCUUGUUGCUAUUUCAACAUUUACUUCUCCCUCUGUUUCUGAAGGGAAUGUAGGAAAAUUUGGAAAGGGAAUAUAGCAAUUCAUCAGAGGUCACUUUAAGCUCUUCUCCAGGUACUUGUGAGUUGAUUCAAUACCAAAUUCUCAGAACUAAUGUCAUAGGAAAUGUAUGAUAAAUAGUACAGAGAAUUGCUGCUAAGAUCUUGGGAGUGAAGGGCUUAAGUAGAAUUUUGGUGUUAAUGCUGAUGUUUAAUGGCUUCUUUCCUGACUAGAUUGCAGCAGGUGCAGCUGCUGUUCAUUUUGAAGACCAGUUGGCUUCGGAAAAGAAAUGUGGUCACAUGGGAGGAAAAGUGUUAGUACCCACACAACAAUUUGUGAAGGUCCUCAAUGCUGCACGAUUGGCUGCUGAUGUUCUGGAUGUCCCUAUAGUGAUUGUUGGUAGGACUGAUGCCAACUCUGCUGCUCUUGUCACCUCAGAUAUUGACCCAUAUGACAGGCCUUUCCUGACUGGAGAACGAACACCAGAAGGAUUCUUCCGUGCCAAGACAGGCUUAGACCAAGCCAUUGCAAGGGGCUUAGCUUAUGCACCAUACUGUGAUGUCCUGUGGUGUGAAACUGGAAAGCCAAACCUUCAAGAGGCAAGAAGAUUUGCUGAAGCCAUUCAUGCACGCUAUCCUGGAAAAAUUCUGGCAUAUAACUGUUCACCUUCAUUCAACUGGAGGGCCAACCUCAGUGAUGCAGAAAUUGCUGUCUUCCAAAGGGAAUUGGGUAAAAUGGGAUACCGCUUUCAGUUUGUAACCUUAGCUGGCUUUCACUCUCUCAAUCAUGCCAUGUUCAAGCUUGCACGAGACUACAGAGACAAUGGCAUGGCUGCCUACACCAAGAUCCAAGAAGAUGAGUUUGCACAGGCCAAGAAUGGUUUCACUGCUCACAAACAUCAGAGAGAAGUUGGAACAGGGUAUUUUGAUCAAGUUUCCAUGGCAAUCAGUGGAGGAACCAGCUCAACAACAGCUCUCAAAGGCUCCACGGAAGAAGAACAAUUUACUCAAAAAUCAACAUAUAUAGUGGCCAAACUUUAAGCCACUCUUGACAUUAGAAUCAAUCUUUGAUCUUUUAAGCUACUGCCGGAACUUUAAAUUUCACUUAGUUUAAUUUGAUUUGAUUAUGGUUUAUGAGUGUAGACAUAUUUUACCCUUUACACCCUGGCAUCAGUAUGUAUAUUCUCAAUAUUCUUCUCUGCACAAAUCUUAAGGAGCUGAUAAGGAGAAUUUGUUUAACAAUCAAGAGCUUUGUAAUAGGUGGUGAUAAUUUCCCUUAUUCUUGUGACCUUAAUGUUUGAUUCAAGGGUGAUCUUGUAAGGAGAAUUUAAAUGCUUGUCACUCUUAGAGCUUAAAGGGUUGAGUGUAUUUGAAUACUGUUUUGUGCUACUUUGUCACCCCAUCUGAUAUUAACUUGUGUUCUUGUAAAAACAAGGAAUGACUUUUAUGUGUUGGAUGUAAAAAAUUUACCUUAAGCUUAACUGAAAUUAGAAAAAAAACAUCAAUUCUUGUCAUAAAAUUCCUCAAUAUAAAUAGGACUAUUUUACAAUUAUUUAUUUUGCAAGUUUUUAUGGGCAACUUAUUAUAAUUUUAAGUAGAAAGACAUUACCAUAACUUAAUUUGGAAAUGUAACUUGCCCUUCCCACCAGUUACUGCCUUUCAUGAGGAGGUUAAUGCGAUUGUUUAUUUGUAAAUUGAGGUGAGCCAUUUGGGAUUUAGACAUUUGCAAAUUUGCUAUUACUGGUGUUGUUUGUCACAUGAAGACUAUUUCGUCAACAAUACUUUAGGGUCAUUGUGCCACACUUUAGACUCAUUUCAGUUGGUGGCCAUUUAGCCAAACCCAAGCUAGUUUUUUUUCUAAUAAGUUAAUGGAGCAGGUUACAGAGCAAUAGCUGUUUUUCCCAAAUCAUUGAUCACUGAUAUACUCAUUUGGUGUCCAGUUUUUAUCAUUCAAUCACGAGUACUUCAAACAUGUCAAAUAAACUCCAAAGUCUUUUUUUGAAGAAAAACAAACCAAAUUGUGCAUUUUAGCAGAUCUCAGUUAUUCAUAGUGCAGGUUUCACUUGAAAUUGAGAUAAGUGAAGGAAUGAUAUGACAACAAGUGAGAGAUGAGAUUUGUCAGAAAUUAAAAAACAAAACAAAACAAGCAAUCAAGGAAAGAGGUAACAUUUACCAAAACAUUGCUAAAAUAAUUCACUCUUGGUUACCUUUUCCCUAGUCUAAUACACUAUAGUUUAGCAAGUACCAGUAGUCUUUAUAUAUUGUUGAUUAUAGAAAUCUCUAACCUUGCUAUGUUUAGAAUGGAAUGAGGGAAAAUAAAGUUGCUUUACAUAUAGAAACAAAUCACUGUCUUUGUCAAAUGGUUCUAUAAAUACUGGAAAAUCCUCUUAUCAUAGAUGGAAAACAUUGAAUAAUUAAUUCCAUUCCAUUAUCAUCACAUUUUUGCGACUUUAUUAAAAUGAAGGAAGU